GCCGGUUCACACACUCCAACCAACUCACGGGUACAACGAGAUCGCUGGGCUGGGACCCGCCUACAGCACACACACCUCGUUCCCCUUUCGCCGCCAUGGCAACACGCACAGGAGACGACGAGUCGGGGAGCUCUGGAGCAGAGGGUCGAGCGCCCAGGAAAUUCCACGACCAUCCCUUGCGGAAGGGCAGCGCGCAGAUGGCGCCGGGCAGCAGCAACACGUUUGCCGGGCGCCGUCGCUCGACGCUGCGCGAGCACAAAGCACCUCUGGGACCUCGCCCGCUGGAUCAAGGUAGACGCAGGAUCGUCAGCGGCUCCACUGCGGCUUCCAGCAAUGCCUCUCGACUGCCAACGUCCCAGAGCGACGACUCCUUCCCGCCUAACUCAACCGGAAGCAAUCCGCGCUUCAGCUUUGGCCGGCUUCCCAAUCGGGUCGAGAGCACCGGCUCUUUCGACUUCCUGCCCUCGGCCAACUUUGACGACCUGCACGAGAGCAUUACUUCGGCCGACCUGAGCGACUUCCCUGUCCCUGGCGGCGGUCGGGGCAUCUUCGCGCACCACGACCCUCCCCACCCCGACUACUCCCUCGAUCCCGACGACCUCGACCCUUCCGACAACCCCUCCAUGGCCGCCGAGGACAGGAAGCUGCAGGGCAGCCGGGCCGCCAGCAGCGCCGGCCGCACCACCUCGUCGUCGCGCCAUCAACCUAGUCGCAAUGACGUGAACCCAUCCCCCAUGGCUCCACCCGCCGCACUGCCAUUGUCGGCUCGCAACCGUCGCCAGAGUCAGUUCCCGGGGCCCGCUCCUGUCCCCGAAUCCGCUCCCUUCUCCGCCACCGCCGCCCGCGGCCCUCGCAAGUCGCUGGGCCCAGGUCUCCUAUCCGGCGCCGACGCCGCUGGAACUGGAUCAUAUGUGCCGCGGAGGGACUUUUCACACGGCCAUUUGGGCCGCAGCGGCUCGAAUUCGAAGCCAAGGAGAGGGACGUUGGUGCCGAGCUAUAGUUCGUCCGACGUCCCGCGUCUCUCCAACAACACGAUGCGGAGCAACAAGGCAAAGUCGAUGCUGCAGCCUUCGGGUACGAGCUUCGACCCGUUGGGCGCCAACACACGUUCGCCGGCAAAAACGCCGCGGGCAAUUACUCCAUCCAAAAGGCAAUCGUUGCAUCACGCUGGUGGUUUGGGUGCCCGCACCAUUAGCCCGACCGACGCGAGAAGGUUGAAGCGCCUGUCCCUGCAUUCCAACUCUACUACCACGCGAACGCCUCCUACGCCUCAGCCAGACUUGCAACAGGAGCCGCUACCCACGUCGUACAGCCCAGCCCUGGUCUUUAGGAAAAGCGUCACUCCUUCAUCUGCGCGAGCCACGCCAGACAAGUCCCUCGCCCCAGCGCCGCCGUUGUCGAAUAGCUCUAGCUUCAGUUCUCUUCGGGGCAAUGGCAGUACGUCCGCUCGUUCUAGCCAGAUCCUGUCGGGCUCACGACUGCCCACACCCAAGUCGAGAAACGUGCACAGUUCCGCGGGCCCGGAGCCCGAGGAAGACGUCCCGCCGGUACCAGCCAUUCCAAAGGUGUUCGAGUCCCCAAACACUGAAAUUGACCAGCCUGUCUAUCCGGUGCGUCAAACGCCAGCAACACCGGCGGAGGAUGCGAAUUGGGCGGCAGUGGGCGGAAGCAACACGGAUAGCGAGACCACCAAGCCUUCGCUCAGCAAGACCGCGAAAGCGACUGACUUGCCGGCAAAUGAUAAUAAGAAGCCACAGGGUGGUAUUGCUGGACGGCGCGCAAGAGGCAUGACCGUAGGAGCAAGCUCCGAUGCCGACAAGCGGGCGCCUGCUACAAACGUAGGGAAGAAGAAUUUGCAGCCGCUAAGGUUGCCACCCCUAAAUCUGCUUCCCCUAAGCACGCCGACAACUGCGAAGAUCUCCACGUACCGUCAACCUAACGAGGAGGUCGAUCCCCGGGAGACGACUACACCGCCACCCAAGAGGGCUACGAAGACGCCGAGCACUCCUAUGACGGCCUCAAAAGCCACCUUUUCACAGGCAAUGAGCGAGAGCACGCCCGCCAACCCCGAAUUGCGGAGCGCCACUUCUCACUUCCACCUAAGAUCUACCGAGACUCCCUCAUACCCUCCACCACCACCUAUGCCGCUACCUGUUUCGACACCUGCAGAUGGUAUAAGGGCUGCGAACACACCAUAUUCCUCGCCUGUUCAGCCCAAAAACGACGAUGAUACGAAUGAUUCUCAGUCUGGGUCUGCUAGCGAGGGCCGGUUUGGUACUGUUGACGAGAUGCCGCAGAAUACAAGAUUGAAUGGUCCGCGUGCGCCGGCAAACCAAGUUGGGCAAAAGAACGAUGCAUCGUCGACCACGUCAACAGAACCGGAGACCCCCUCCUCUGGAUCAUCCUUGCGGCGGAAGCUGAGUAUGGGCUGGAAGAGAAGCUCUUCCAAGAGCUCACACAGAACCCAAGCAUCUCAGAGCAACAUCAAUUCCCAAACCACUAGUGAGCAGCCUCCGCAGCCGCCGAAACACAACGAGAUGCCUGCCCCGAAGCUUGCUCCUUCUUCGACGUGGAAUGGAACUUCUACUUCUACUCAAAGCCCGAGCCCGCUAGUAAAGCCUCGGCCUUCCGCAGAACACGCACCCCGGAGAAAGCCCUCUGGAGCACUGUUUGCCACAGACGCUCAAAAGGAGCAAACAAUAGGGACAUCAAAGGUUGCUGGACCGCCAAAGACAGCUAGUGUUCCAUAUGAGCAAUCUUCUGGUCCCACCACAAGAUCAGCUUCAAGCUCUAUGAUGCAUAGGAUGCUCGGCUCGAAGAAUUCUACCAGCAUGCUCAAGUCGCGCAACACAGACCCCAAUAUGGACAAGGAUGAUCUUGCGGCAGAUGAAGAAAUGAGGAGAUUAGGCUCAAGGCGGAAAGACUUCGAAGCGGCCGCCAAGGAGUUGGACGAACUGCGCAGGCGGGCCAAGCCGCAAGAGAGGGUGUUACCGGCGCAUGCUCUUCAGAUGGUUCCAUUGAACAUCUUCGAGCGUGGCGAGAUUAUCGACUACAAGGAGAUUUACUUCUGCGGUACGAAAAACGCGAAGAAGCGCAUCGGAGACUUACAUUCAUCGACGGCCAACUUCGGAUAUGACGAUGAUCGCGGCGAUUACCAGAUCGUCUUGGGAGAUCAUCUGGCUUACCGAUACGAAGUUGUUGAUGUGCUUGGCAAGGGCAGUUUCGGUCAGGUCGUACGCUGCGUAGACCACAAGACAGGCAAGCUCGUGGCUAUCAAGAUCAUCAGGAACAAGAAGAGGUUCCACCAACAGGCCCUGGUUGAGGUCAACAUUCUGCAAAAGCUGCGUGAUUGGGAUCCGGAAAACAAACACAGCAUGAUCAACUUCACGCAGCACUUCUACUUCCGCGGUCAUCUUUGCAUCUCCACCGAGCUUCUCGGCAUGAACCUUUACGAGUUCAUUAAAGCGCACGAAUUCAAGGGCUUUUCCUUGAAGUUGAUCCGUCGAUUUGCUAAGCAGAUCCUGAGCUCGCUCUGUUUGCUUAAGACUAAACGGGUCAUCCACUGCGAUUUGAAGCCGGAAAACAUUCUGCUGGCCCAUCCUCUGCAAUCAGAGAUCAAGGUCAUCGAUUUCGGCUCCAGCUGUUUCGAGAACGAGAAGGUCUACACGUACAUUCAAUCCCGCUUCUACCGCUCUCCGGAAGUUAUCCUGGGCAUGAGCUACGGCUUGCCAAUUGACAUGUGGAGUUUUGGAUGUAUCCUGGCGGAGUUGCUCACAGGCUCGCCGAUUUUCCCUGGUGAAAACGAGCAGGAGCAACUCGCCUGUAUCAUGGAGAUCUUUGGUCCGCCUGAGAAGCAUCUCAUCGAGAAAUCCUCCCGCAAGAAGCUCUUCUUCGAUUCGCUGGGCAAGCCGCGUGUCACGGUCUCUUCGAAGGGCCGCAGGCGCCGUCCAAGCUCAAAGACCCUCGAACAGGCUCUGAAGUGCAACGACGAUGCUUUCCUCGACUUCAUCACGAGGUGUCUCAGGUGGGACCCUGACCGGCGUCUCAAGCCUGAGGAUGCCAUGUACCAUGAGUUCAUCACUGGUGUCAAGCGGCCUCGCGUUCCAAUGGGCCGACAGACUGCCAAUAGUGCCAGCACGGCAUCUCCGGUCAAGCGCUUCAACACUGUCUCGCAAACUCCCGGCCGUGGCGGUACGCGGCCUUUGCCUGAACCACCCGGAAACAGUACCAAAAGCACGGGCGUUUCAGGUACAGCUGCUGCGACAGCACAAGGGGCAAACAGAAACAGUCCCCUAAAGGCUGCAGCGCCAAGACGGCAGUCAACCGUAAGCGGACUGACAAACAACUUCGGCAUGAAACGUUCGAGCAACAACACGACGGGUGGAGCGCAGACUGGUUCGCAGGGUCAGACGUCUAGCCUGCCAAGAGUUGCACAGAGAAGUGUCAGCGGAAAGCCAGACCUGGCGAGCGCCGCUGCGGUGGCGAGUUUGCGCUCGCGGUAGUACGUAUACACAGAUUCAGCUCGAAUAGUUCCCCCUCCACGCCUCCUGGAUAUAGAUGAACGAGCGUACCAACAAUUAUCGCCGUCGUAUUCGCGAUAUUUUGCAAAACCGCACGAAUUUGCGGAUUUGCAUGAGCUUUUUCUCCAUACAGGGGGGCUGGCGGCACGAGAACGAGGCACGCCUU